UCUCCCAACCUUCCUAUACUCUCCUCCUCUCUUAAAAAGCUCACAACCCUCAGCCCCAUUUUGAUCAUUCUCUCUUUCCAUCUUCCAAAAACCAAGUAACUGAUUUAUGGGUUCCAAGGCAAGAAAGAAGCAGAUAUGGUGUCCACAGCCAUUGACGCCGCUCAUGGAAGGCCCAGACCCUGAAAUGCAAGAAGAAGGAGGCAAGAAGGAGAGCUCUUGGGAAGUCAUACGUGAAUGGUUUAGGGCACAGAAGGGUGGGCUUCCUAAUCCAGGGACUAAUUUAUGUACCUCAGGAUAUGGAAGUGGUGGUACUAUUCCUGCCAAAAGGCAAGACCUAAGGCUGUUGCUUGGUGUGUUAGGCUGUCCCCUUGCUCCAAUUCCCCAAGCCAAUGACCCAAUUGAUCAUCACCUCCUUCACAUCAAGGACAUCCCAUUUGAAACUUCCAUAGCGCAUUACAUUAUACAGCAGUACUUGGCAGCCACAGGGUGCUUGAAGCAACAGAAGUGCAACAAAAACAUGUAUGCAAGUGGGAGUGUGAAGAUGGUUUGUUGUGAAACAGAGGUUUCUGCCGGAAGAAAUGUCAAGACUCUAGGAACAAGAAGUGGGGAAAGUGGGUGUUUUGUUCUUUGGCAAAUGUUGCCUGGCAUGUGGUCUUUGGAAUUGGUGGUUGGGGGCAACAAGGUGGUGGCCGGUAGCGACGGCAAGACAGUUUGGAGGCACACCCCUUGGCUCGGUAUUCAUGCAGCCAAAGGUCCUCAACGCCCUUUGCGUCGCCUCAUACAGGGCCUAGACCCAAAGAGCACAGCAAGCUUGUUUGACAAGGCACAAUGCUUGGGGGAGAAAAGAAUCGGAGAGGAUGAUUGCUUUGUACUAAAAGUUUCCGCCGAUCGAGCGGCUGUGAUGGAGAGAAGUGAGGGUCCAGCAGAGGUGAUCAGGCAUGCAUUGUAUGGCUAUUUUUGCCAAAAGAGUGGCCUCCUCAUAUACUUAGAGGACUCACACCUCACUAGAGUUGAAACCCCAGAAAAUGAAACCGUCUAUUGGGAGACCACCAUAGGAAGCAGCAUUGCAGACUAUAGAGAUGUGGAUGGUGUGCUCAUAGCUCAUCAGGGGCGUUCGAUCGCCACCGUCUUUCGGUGCGGUGAGGUGUCCAUGGAGUACACAAGGACUAGAAUGGAGGAAGCUUGGAGCAUUGAUGACGUUGUGUUUAACGUACCAGGGCUUUCCAUGGACUAUUUCAUUGCUCCUGCGGAUAUAUUGGACAGUACUCUACAAUCACCAUGAUUAACUCUUCUUAAGUACUGAUUAAAGCUUUAAUUAUUAGGAUGUUAGUUUGUUUCUAAUUACAAAAAAUAUUGGUGGUGGGUACACGUUGUUGAUGAUGUAAUAUUUUGGGUUUUUCUUCUUUUUCUUCAAGUGUAUUAUGUAAUAUGUAGUGGGCUUUGAAGUCAUGACCAAGCUUAAAAUGACAAAUUCAAGCAUGGGGUGGAAUAAGGGAUAUGUUGUUGUAUUCUAA